GCCACAUUUAACAGUGUUUGAAAGGUCUUUGGAUACUAUGCGGGAAGCUGUCUCAAAAUCAAUAUUUUCUUUACCUCUCCAUGGUUUUCGAAGAAAAAAAGAACCUCAUGGUCACGUGAUCGCUUGGAGGGCGGGGUUAAUGUUCGCUCGAGGAGUUCUUGCUCGAAAAACAUGGACCAAAAGAUUCCAUACGAUGAUUAUCAGCUGCCGGUAGUGUUUCUCCCUUCCUAUGAGAGCCCUCCUGCGUGGAUCCCUCCACAAGAGAGGAUACAUCACCCUGACUACAACAACGAGCUCACUCAGUUCCUACCUCGCACUAUAGUGUUAAAAAAGCCACCCGGCGCGCAACUGGGCUUCAACAUCCGCGGAGGAAAGGCCUCCCAGCUUGGUAUAUUUAUUUCAAAGGUGGUGCCGGAUUCAGAUGCCCACAGGGCAGGACUGCAAGAGGGCGAUCAGGUGCUUUCUGUCAAUGAUGUGGACUUUCAAGACAUUGAGCACUCAAAGGCUGUGGAGAUUUUAAAGACUGCAAGAGAGAUUUUGAUGAAGGUUCGAUACUUCCCUUACAACUACCAGAGACAGAAGGAAAGGACUGUGCACUAGGUGGCAGAACUGGCCUUCGUGACUGAAGUGGUUCAGUGACGCAGCUAAUGAGGCGUUGGUGUGUCAGCGAAACGUUCAGCUGCUCUGCAUCAUCUUCCUCCCACUAACUAUCUUCUCUGACUAAGAGAGUGCUCAAAGAAAUCCUCUUCAAACACUUCACGACAUGCCUGAUGAUUCACGGCUCCUUCACCCGUAGUGGUGCUUUUGAGCUGUGCCAGGUUUGAAUGCAGCUGGUGAAAUUUUCUCAUACUUUGCCCUCUUCUGUUUUCUCGUCGUUUUCUUUCCUCCAGGAAAAUGUUGUAGCCUGUUCAAUGAGACAUGUCCAUGUUCACGCAUACGAAAAGAAAACAUGGCAGAAUGUGUUAUUUAUUGAAUGAAAAGAUGCUUACAUUAAUAAAUUAUGAUCAGCUAUUAACAUCUUCAGUUAGAGGCAUUUGUUAAAGCUGAAAUUUAAUAUAUCAUAUAUUAAUGGCUAGGUCUCUUUUUGUGAUUACGUUUCAAUUUUAUAUUCCAGAGCAAAGCAUUUAGUUGUUUAAUGAUUAAUGGCCUGCUGACAGACACGUUGCUACUGACUAAUUAAUUGUCAUUAAAUCAAUAUGCUCAAGAAAAA